GGUUGUAAUGCGGCCGUCAUGUAGCAAAUGUUCGGCGGCCUCACGUUAUUUUCGUUCACAACACCGUCCGUAAACGUUCAGUUGAGUUCUUCAGUAGGAAGGCGGUUUUGUUGCAGUUUUCCCUCAUUUUACCACUUUUCCUCCCUGAACCUGGCCUCCGUUUUCCACCCAGGGCAUCCACGCCUUAUUUUUGUGGUAGACAUUUUGGGUCGUUUUGGAGGAGGCGAAUUCUGAAGCCCAGGGUUCGUUGGCGGCCGAGUUCCCCCUUGUUCUGUGCACGCCAUCUUGUAGGGUACGUUGUUUGGCAGUUCCCCCUUCGCCAAGAAAAGCCUAGAACCCCGAGACAGCCGUACCUAGCCACGGUAAGCGGCACAGACUCCGAAGAGCGACGGCGGACGCGAAUUUUGCCAGCAGCUCCACCGUAAAACUCGAAAGAGUUAAACCAUCCAUGGGGAAAGUACGUGUGGCAGAAAACUCUUCCUUUUUUGCCAGCGAGAUGAUGGAAAACCAUGCUAACAACACGGGCGGCGGCUCGCCCGACGGACGCACAGGAUCGAGCACCGAGGACAGCAAGACCAACCUGAUCGUGAACUACCUUCCGCAGACCAUGACACAGGACGAGAUUAAGUCGCUGUUUUCCAGCAUCGGGGAGGUGGAGUCCUGCAAGCUGAUCAGAGACAAAGUCACUGGUCAGAGCCUAGGGUAUGGCUUUGUGAACUAUGUGAAACCACAAGAUGCAGAGAAGGCCAUCAACACCUUGAACGGACUCAGACUCCAAGCAAAAACUAUCAAGGUAUCGUAUGCCCGUCCAAGCAGCCAGGCGAUCAAGGAUGCCAACUUGUACGUGAGUGGACUGCCAAAAACCAUGACACAGCAGGACCUAGAAGGGCUGUUCGAGGCGCAUGGGAGAAUCAUCACAUCCAGGAUUCUGUUUGACCCUGUAACAGGUCAGUCCCGGGGUGUGGGCUUUGUGCGUUUUGACCAGCGGGUGGAGGCAGAGCGAGCCAUCACCGAGCUGAACGGCCACAUCCCGAAGGGUGCGACAGACCCCAUAACCGUCAAGUUUGCCAACAACCCCAGCCAGAACCAUGCCAAGGCUCUGCAACAGGCAGCCUACCUUGCCCCGGCUAGGCGGUACCUCGGCCCAAUGCUGCAUCAGACCGCACGAUUCAGGCAAGCCUUGCUGUCUAAUUACCUCAGAUACUCUCCAAUGGGCGCUGACCCUAUGGGCGUUGGAAACAUUCCGAACGGCGGCACUGGCUUUUGUAUCUUCGUGUACAACCUGGCCCCAGACACUGAAGACAGCGUACUGUGGCAGCUCUUUGGCCCAUUCGGCGCUGUCACCAAUGUGAAGGUGAUCCGCGACUUCCAGACAAACAAGUGCAAAGGCUUCGGUUUUGUGACGAUGGCGCACUACGACGAGGCUGUGGUUGCUAUCGCCCAGCUGAACGGCUACUGUCUAGGAGGACGGGUGUUGCAGGUCUCCUUCAAGACCAACAAGGCACACAAGAAUUAAAGUUGGACGGGCCUGCUUGUCCGCAUUCCCCAAUUGUACGCGGGCAAACACGGCAGACCUUCCGAAAGUGUUGUUUCCACAUCCUGUUGUGCAUGUUGUCCUGUGAGGGUUUUAUUCAGAGAUAAAAUUUCGAACCCUUGAUUCUCAUUGUUGAGAUUUUGUUCCACAUUUUAGGACCCGAAGAAAAACAUUUGGUUGUUAUUAAACGUUCUGCUUGUUGAUUUGGCAAGUUCUGAACAUUUGUUAAUGGUUUUUGACAUAGAAAGCCUAUGUCUUGAGUAUCUUGUAGUGGACGAGAUGUUUCACUAGAGAUGGAGUUUGAGAAUUUUACUAACAGUUCUUUUAUUUCAUGCAGUGUUUGUUGCAUGGUAACAAUGUAAAGUGGUUGUGUUGCAUUCAGACAGACAUGACAUGACAUUUUUGACUUUAUGUUUAGUACUGGUACUACUUGCAUUAUCAUGUUGUCAACGUGACUAAAUUGGAACAUCAUUAUAUUAAAUUUUCAUUUCAUUUCAUUUUGGUUCCUUCAAAGUACCUUUGAUUUGUUGCAUGAUUUCUGGGUAUAUCUUUGUUUUAUGUUUCUUUCCAUGUUUUCCACCUUUCGGGAGUUUAUUUUUCCGUAUCAUAUUGUUGGAUUGUUUUUAUGGAUUGUACUUAUUUUGUUUUUGUAUUUGAUUUUGAAUGGUCUGCCUGCACACUGAUGGGAAGUAUCCUUUCGCAAGGUGGAGGCGUUGGAUUGAACUGGUCUUGCCAAAAGUCACCUACAAAAGUUCAGUGAACCUCAGAGAGGCGUAUAUUUUUAUAAAAAUGAGAGGAAAUUUUUGAAAUUUUUAAGGAUUCAGGGUUCGUAUUUUGAACUGAAUUCCUUUUGAGAAAACAAAAGAUUGCACAGGCAGUGAUGGGCCUCGGGUGAUUUUUCCCCCUAAAGAUAUUCCUGAACUCCAAAAAAAGAAAAAAGGGAGACUUGUCAAUUCACAGGAAUCCUCUAGAGUUAAAAUAAUGCACUGGAGACCCCGGGUUCAAGCUCUGUCAGGACUUCUCAAUAGUCUGUGCUCCUCUUGCCACUCUGUUCCAGAGGUUCGCACUUAAACACAUUCCUGUGAGUUGGCAACAGUUCCCCUGGUGUUACCGAAAAUACUAGUUCUUCCUUUCCAUGAAUUCCCAGGAACCAUGCAAAGACGCACCUUCCUACUCUUCGUACCAAUGAAUUUGUACAAAUACAAUGUGACAAUUUGUACAUAGGCAUAGUAUACUCUGUAGUGAGCCAUAAAAUGAUGAUAUCUCCAGAAUACUGCAACAUUUCAAAGGCACCAGGAUUGCAAGAAGUCGAGGUGUAAUUUUCUAAGGCUAAAUUCACUCAGAGUGAAAAUUUAAUAUAUAAUGAAUGCACCUGGUCACCGUAUUGAGGUAUAAAUUAUUUAUUAGCCCUAAUGCUUUGGCAAAAAGUAUGUCGUUUAGAACUAGGAGAGAUACUUCCUUUGAAAGUGUUGUUUUUGGUGUAUUAGGUAGUAGACCUAAGAUUUAUAUCUUAAGUUGUUGAUAGUACAAUGCUAGUACGUAGGUUAUUCUGUUCGUACGUUUGAUAGGUACACUCAACUAGCGAGAGCAAGAUGAAGCCUGUUUGAACUUGGAACAGUUCUUUCAAGAAAAUGUCUGAUGAUGGCACUCCUGAACGAUAACGCUACCUUUCAUUCACACAGUGACAUUUUGUUUGGCUAGCAUUGCCUUGUUUCUAUGGACGAUUGAUAGCAAAACUUGUUUCCAUGUAGAAAAGGGUGGACCACAGAUUUGUUUUUGGUGUCAAAAGAUCAUGUGGAUUGAGAUUUACGAGGGACAUGGACUAAUCCGAGACCAUUGCUAUGAAAUAAUUCCUGAAGAUAAUGUCACCCAGAAGCUCUAUUUUCAGUGACACAAUCAGCUUAAUGAGCAAGAGAAACUAUUCUUGUAAGGACGAGAGCAGACAAUCUACCCACAAUUCAGCCACUUUUUGAUGGCGCUAAACUUUGUAAGUUGUAAAAGUUGUCUACGGAUGAGGACAGAUCGAAUGUUUACAAGGUUAUAGCAUCGAUCAGGCUAUCGUAUCAACUGGAGCAAGGCAGCAAAGCCAUGUAUGUACACAGAGAUUGUCACCCCUGUUCUCCCACCAGUCACUCACAGCCACUUAGCACGCUCCCUACACAAGAACCAAUCAAUUUUGAGUUUAGAUACUUUUUCUGCUCAAGUAACGGAGUUAUUAUAAUCCAAGCCAUUUCAAGAUGAACAUAUUUCUUCGAGAACAAUUGAAAUCAAUGAGAGGUGUACAAAUUUCUUGGGAGAAAAAAAAGAAAAAUCUGUAUAUAUGUGCGAGGCAUGAGUAUUAUGUACAGUAUUAGUUCUCUGCUCUACUUGAAUCAAAUGUAUGGAAAGCCACUAUAUUUAGCUGCAGGAUAGUGUCCAGCACAGGCAGCAUAUGGAUGUCAGAAAAUGCGCUGAUGCCAGAAGACUGGCAUGUGGUGGCCUGUUGCUCCAGAGUGAAGUCUUGCCAUUUGUAGCAUUGUGAGGAUGAGUGGGGAGCAGUACAGUUGACACAGUUGGAUUGUCAUGUAGGAGCAACUUCUCAAUCUUUAGAGGUGGGGGAGUCCUUCUUAAGGGCAAGACUGAGUGGAAAGUACAAGCAAGCAGCGUGGAAAGUGUCAGUUGGCCAUGUAACAAAUUCCCAGAAGUUUCACUGCCUAGAUUGCAGGGAAUACUUCCAUGAAUUGUAUACAUCCCAAUUCCUGGAUUAAACGCAGUUCCUUUGUAAACCAAAAAAUGGUCGGCUGUUCCAAUGGUUUCUGAACUAGUUGUGUUACAUUUGUACUUUUCCAUGUUUAAUACAUAAUAAAAUCCACCGUAAAACUAGA